CUUCCUCAGUUAUGAUCACUCCCUGCCUGUGUUGUGUCUGUGGCCAUAGCUGUGACACGUCUGAUUCCCUGUGCUGGGCCGUGUGUGAAGACGACGCUGGGAUAGCAUGAUUUCCCUAAAAAUGGACAAUGAAGAAGUCCCGGAGUUCAUGAGCCCCAAGGAAGAAAUCGUCUACUGGAGAGAGUUGUCUAAGACCUAUAAACAGAGUUACCAAGAAGCACGUGACGAGUUGGUUGAAUUUCAAGAAGGGAGCCGGGAGUUGGAGGCUGAGCUGGAGACUCAGCUGGUGCAGGCAGAGCAGAGGAACCGAGAUUUGCUAGCAGAUAACCAAAGACUUAAAUACGAGGUGGAAUCAUUAAAGGAGAAGCUUGAGCAUCAGUACGCACAAAGCUACAAGCAGGUGUCUCUCUUGGAGGACGAGCUGAGUCGAGCCCGGAGCAUCAAGGACCAGCUUCACAAGUACGUGAGGGAGCUGGAGCAGGCCAACGACGACUUGGAAAGAGCCAAACGGGCUACAAUUGUGUCCCUGGAAGACUUUGAGCAGCGGCUGAAUCAGGCCAUUGAGAGGAACGCGUUUUUAGAGAGCGAACUGGAUGAGAAAGAAUCAUUGUUGGUGUCUGUGCAGAGAUUAAAGGAUGAGGCACGAGAUUUACGGCAGGAACUGGCAGUUCGUGAGCGACAGACAGAUGGAACAAGAAAAUCUGCCCCGAGCUCCCCGACUCUAGACUGCGAGAAGGCAGACUCUGCCGUGCAAGCCUCUCUGUCUUUACCUGCCACCCCUGUGGGCAAAAUCUCAGACAACAGUUUUACCUCUCCAAAAGGUAUACCAAAUGGAUUUGGUACCACCCCACUAACUCCAUCCGCCAGGAUCUCUGCCCUGAACAUCGUAGGGGACCUCUUAAGAAAAGUGGGUGCCUUAGAAUCCAAGCUUGCAGCAUGCAGGAACUUUGCCAAGGACCAGGCGUCCCGGAAAUCCUACGUCCCUGGCAGCUUGAACAGCAAUAGCAGCAGCAGUAGCAGCAUAUUAAACAGCGGAACCAAGUUCUCCCAUCCGGCGCACACAACGUACUUCGAUAAAGGGGCAAUGAACGGAUACGACCCCCCGGGAAUCUUAGGAUCGCGGCCGGCGUCUCCUCCCGGAAUGCUCCCUCUCAGUGUAUGAGCGCAGGAACCCCUCCGAGAAAAGACUCUCUUAGCCUUCACGGUUUCCGAAAAAAGAACAAAAUCUGCUUCACUUUAACCUGUUCACUGCCUUUGGGAGGGAGGCGACGCUGCUCCCACCGGGGACAGGAAAAGGGGGUUAGACUAUAUUCACUUGAGCUGGAAUCGAGGCUGCGCAAUAUACUCUCUCUGCUGCCAUUUUGGACGCUUGGUAACCCCUGGGACACGGCUUCUGCGACUCCUUCCUUCUCGUGUCUCGGUUCACUGUAGUGCUGUGAAGUGGCUGUGUGAUCAUCCUGGAGACGCGGCACAACCACUAUAAUUCUGUACUCUCCUCACGACGCAGCAGGUGACGGCGGCAGAUGGUCGCUCACCUGCGAAGGAUGCACCAAGGCUUUGGGUUCUCCAAUCCAGAGCUGCAAGAUAUCCUCUCGCCCCUUCCCCCACCUCAGAUCUAUAUUACAGGGUUGCACCUCGGCUUGUGUCAAUCAGAAUGUCUGUUUUUUUUGUGUUUUCCUCCUUUUUUUUCCCCUCCUCCUCCUUCUUUUUAAGCAGUGUAACGUCUGUCGGGUCACCAACAGGGCUGUGAUGCAUUGUGGGGAAAAAACUAUAUAUGUGUAUAACCCCCAACCCCUCGCCCCUUGUUCUGUGCCUCUAUUCCUGUGGAUGCCUAAAACGCAACACCCGCCCUGAUAUGUCCAUAGAUGUUACACGGAGCUGUGCCACCUUCCCCAACAUUCAGUGCCAUCGCCUGGACGAUACACCGUAUGCUUAUUGAAAAUCAACUUCUUGAUGCUCCAGUCACAUCCCAAGCAGCGUUAACAUUCUGGUGGUCUCUGUUGGCUGUCAGACUGCUGGUCUUCACGCCUUGCUGCAUGGUGGGAACUGUAGUGCCUACGUCGGGCGCCAUACUGUAGUCCUGGUCGUUGGGUCUGUUGUUGGAACUGCAGCUCUGGGUGUGAAAGGAGUAUAAGAUACGACGUAAGGAAAUUAAAGUGACACAGCAUUAUAAUUUUGCCUUCACACUGAUGCUCAAAGUGGAGAUAUCCUUAAAGCCCUCAAUAUGGCCGCUAACACGUUAACCUUCUUGGAUUUCAUAGACUACAGUGAGAUCUACGAAGCGCAUCAUUGCCUUGGUUUGGUCAGUAGGCCAGCGGAGUCUGUACGUGUAGCGGUUUGUACUGCGCCUCGAAACUACAUGCAAAAUUACGCAGUUACGGAUGCUACAGGUACAGGCGCACGUAAUUUAGCAAAUUAUCUGAUUGCUCGCAUGCUCUGCUCUCGAACUACAUAGCGGUUGGACACUUCCAUCCACAACGCUGAUGGAAAGCUAUAUGGAGACAUCCUAUAUACAGUAGGUCCAUGUGUAUGUAUGUUGGGCACUAUAGUGCCAAGUUAACAUGGCCUUAUGGGUAUAGGAUGUAUCUUAAAGGGGUUGUCUCAUCUUGGAAAUUGGGGGAGUAUCACGAGUAUAUGCCCCUAAUGUCUUAUAGGUGUGGGUCCCACCUCAUGGACUCGCACCUAUCCUUAGAACGGAGCCCCCAAAGUGACUGCCACCCUCCAUUCAUUUCUAUGGGGCUUAUGGAAAUAGAUGAGCCAGCACUUGGCUGUUUUCAGCAGUCCCAAAGAAAUGAAUGGAAGGUGGCCGUGUAUGCACCGUCACUUUGAGGGCUCUGUUCUAAAGAUAGGUGGGACCCGCACCUAUCGGACAUUGGGGGCGUAUCCUAGCGAUACUUCGCCAAUGUCCAAGGUGAGACAACCCCUUUAAGACCAGCCAAGUAGUUUAACAUUGACCAUGUAGGCAGGAACCUCCAUGAAGGGGGUGGUAUAGGAUUAGAAAAACAGCGCCACACCUGGCCCUAAGAUUGUAUGUGGUAUUGUAGCUUGGUUCCACUGUAGUAAAUGGACCUGAGCUGCAAUACCAACCAUGUUAUCUAAUGCUGUGCAACCCCGACCUACAAGGCUCAGAAGGGAUGCAGUUCCAUGUGUUGUUUUUGUUGUUGUUUUUUACACCAUGUGUAGGUUCUCCAUUUCUAUUUGCACAUUAGACAGAAGACAAAGAGCACUUUCCCCAUACCCCGAGCAUUGAUGGGUUUGAAACACGGGUACUUUUCUCCUGCGACCACUGCUUUUCUCUCUAUAUCAUCGCCCCCUGCACAUUAUUUUAAAGCACACUUCGUUUUCCCCAGGCUCCUGUCCGCUCCCGCCCCUCCUGUCCGCUCCCGCCCGCUCCCUUUCUCGUUGACGUUGUGACUGUUUACAUUUUUUGUUUGUUUUUAUUGUACAUAGAUUUGUAAACAUAAUAUUUUUUUGCCUGAGAUAUUUGUACAUAACUCGGGCGACGUAGUUCUAUAUUUAUUGAAGAUUCUAUACAGCAUGUUGUACGGAUGGCGGGCGAGGGUCCUUCACGGGCGCGGCCAAUGAUAUCGGAAAUCUGCCUGUGACCAUUAACGGUUUGUGACUGUUGGAAACGGUGGUCAUUUUAGAAGGGAAUAAAAACCAAUGUACAAAAAAC